AGAAAGUAAAUUGAUUCUCUUAUUAAUCUUUUCCAGUUGUAAAUAUAGGAUUCUUUGGAAUUUUCUCAUUCAGAGAACUAAUAGUGGCUACCCAUACGCUUCACGCUUCCUUGAGUUUUGCACUUUUGAGACACUUGCAUGGUGAACAGGGAGAAUUACCAUUGGAUUUCACAAAAACCCGGUUUAAACAAGUUAAGGAGUGUACCCCUUUUCUGACAGACUAAGAAAAAGGGGUAUACCCAAUAGAUAAAUUCAGCGACUUUUUACAAUUUUGCACCAUUUCAUAAUAUGACAUCACAGUACACUGCAUCUUUGGGCUGAUAACAGAUUUUAAAGUUUUGCAAUAUAAAAAUGAGUGAAUGGACUAGUCCUAAUUAUGUUAACUAUCUGUGGCAGAAAGACAAGAAGCCUAAGAAGUCAACCUGGAAAUUUAAUUUGGACCUUACUCAUCCAGUAGAAGAUGGAAUUUUUGAUUCUGGAAAUUUUGAACAGUUUCUACGGGAGAAGGUUAAAGUCAAUGGAAAAACUGGAAAUCUGGGGAAUGUUGUUCACAUUGAACGCAUCAAGAAUAAAAUCACAGUUGUUUCUGAGAAACAGUUCUCUAAAAGGUAUUUGAAAUAUCUUACCAAGAAAUACCUUAAGAAGAACAAUCUUCGUGAUUGGCUUCGUGUGGUUGCAUCUGACAAGGAGACUUACGAACUUCGUUACUUCCAGAUUAGUCAAGAUGAAGAUGGAUCUGAAUCUGAAGACUAGAUAAGGCAGCCUCUUACAGGGUUUUGCUCACUAAUAAAACAAAUGAAGCAUGCAAAGGAAAGAAACAUCUAGAAAUGGACUUUUAGUUUAUUGGUGAAUAAAAAACACUGUACCCUG